AUGUCUUCCCCUUAUUUUACUGCAAGUGACUGUUCAGCUAUCGCUUCAAGAGACGGAAAGUCGUUACGGCGUAACGGUGGUCUUCUGGCCAUGAGAUCCCGAAUGGUGAAAGACGCUGCUUUAAUGAGUAAAGCUGUUCAGGUAAAAGAAGAAACUGAGGACCAGAGCAUCUCUGAAGUUGCAUCUCAUCCUGAACAGACCCCCACAAACACGUCAGUUGCAGGAUCCACUGUGGCUAACUGCAGUCAACCAAUCCCAAUCACCGAACCCAAGGCAGAGGCGGAGGGUGAGAACACCCCUUUACUGUCUCCACGGAAACCGAGGAGGGGGCGCGUGAAGGUGGAGUAUGAGGAGGGGGAGGAGUCAGGUCCUAAAAAGGAACGCUGGGAGCCGGCCGAUUGGAGGAGGCAGCUGGAGUUUAUCCGGGAGAUGAGAAGCGCCAGGGACGCCCCGGUGGAUCACAUGGGGGCGGAGAAGUGCUACGACACAGCCGCUUCGCCUGAGGUGAUGCGGUACCAGGUGCUGAUCUCUCUGAUGUUGUCCAGUCAGACUAAAGACCAGGUGACUGGUGCAGCCAUGCAGAGACUGAGAGCGCAUGGCCUCACCGUGGAGUCUGUCCUUAAAAUGGACGAGGAUACACUGGGAAAGCUCAUUUACCCUGUGGGCUUCUGGAGGACGAAGGUGAAGUACAUUAAACAGACCACGGCAAUGAUCCAGCAGGAGUGCGGGGGAGACAUUCCCAACACCGUGGAGAGGCUGGUGCGUCUGCCGGGUGUUGGCCCUAAAAUGGCCCACCUGGCCAUGGACAUAGCCUGGAACACCGUCUCUGGCAUCGGGGUGGACACACACGUUCAUCGGAUCUCAAACAGGCUGGGAUGGACACGGGCCGAGACCAAAAACCCAGAGGAGACUCGGCGAGCCUUGGAAGACUGGUUACCAAGGGAGCUGUGGAGCGAGAUUAACUGGUUGUUAGUGGGUUUUGGUCAACAGGUGUGCUUACCAGUGAACCCUCUCUGCUCCACCUGUCUAAACCAGCACACCUGUCCCUCUGCUCACCGUGUCUCCCCCUCCAAAAAGGCCAAACUGGGCUCCCCAAAGUCACCCCGGUCCCCUCCUAACCCCCAGAAAAGCCCAAGAGUCAAAGCCCAAAGUUCUCCACCAGCAGGGGGCGUAAAAGAGGAACCACCUCCGACGGUUCCUGUUUCAUCCCCGACUCCUGAAAAACAAGUGAAAAGCAAGACGGAGCCUAAAGAAGAACCUCUCUCUGUCCCCGUCUCGUCUCGGACAAGAGCAACGAGGUCUAAAGCAAAGAGUGGUUCUUUAUUGCCAGGGACCAAACCGAAAUAA